AUGCUUAAUCCAGUUCGCCGACUCAUGCGGCGCUUCAGACCAACACGCAACGCAAUCUUGCAUGAUAAUACUGGUGGCACAGCGUCAGAGCCCGGCGAGGCCAAAGUGCCAAAGAACUCUUCGAUACCGCCCACCCCCACAAACACAAGUGCAAAAGCUGCCAAGCGCACCCGUCUCUUUCCACCGCCAGAUUCAACAACUGAAGAAGGCCCGCCGUCUAUCGUCUUCCAUAAGCCUAUAAGCGCGAGCGACUUGGUGGUCAACUACAUGGACGAAGAGGAAGUGCCAGAGAUCAUUGAACGAAAUGAGGGAGUAGAAGCGCGAUGGCUGAAGAAACACGCUUUUCGCGGCUUUCAGCGCUGUCUCUGUGCGCACCGUAAGGUCUUGUGCUUCUGCUAUCGAUUACCUGGAACGCGGCGUCGAGCCUCUGCCAUUAAUCGUCUCCCAAUAGAGAUCCUUGAUAUGAUCCUCGCGGAAGCCCUGCCGCCCAACUGGCUUUUGGAUCCGUCGCUAAAAUGCGGACCGGACUCAGCUUGGUGCCACGCGAUGACGAUGAAGCGGAGUCUAAGUCUGGUCUGCAAAUAUUGGUACUCAGCCAUGGUCAAAUUCUUCUACCGCGACAUAGCUAUUCGCCGCGCUCCCCAGCUCUUUUGUCUUGCCCAGACCCUCGCGCGCUGCCCUGACUUCGGCAAUGACGUUCACAGUUUCACAAUGAUGUGCUAUGUGCUCAAAGAAGACACCGAGUUGGUGACGAAUGCGCUUUCAGAUAUCUGGAAGAAAUGCCCCAAGCUUAAACAAGUUGCACAACUUUCACCAUUGGAGCUCCCGUUCCCGUAUCCCCUACCCGCACUACCCGUGACCGUGGAGCGACUUGACAUCGGCCAAUUCGAGUCGCCUGAGCUGAUUGCCAACCUCCUCUCGAAGCACUGCAGCCAACUUCGUGAACUUUCUGUUCCUGGUCUUGACAGCGAGUUGCUGGACCUCCCCUUCGCUUUCCCGCACCUCGAAACGCUUCAUGUCUUGCGUUGGAACAUUGCGGGCUCCCAGCUCUCCAAAUUUGGGACCCAGUGGUCGAUGCCAAAACUUAGAAACCUUCGUUUUGCUGCCAGGCAAUUUCAAAUCCCAACUUACGACCUGAUCCUCCGCCACCACGGCCGCAACCUCGAAUAUCUUGAAUUCCCCAAUAUAUACACUCACCAGCACAUCCGUUCGGGCGGGUAUUUGGAAGAUUACCAACCUCUCCUCCAACUCUGUGGAAAACUGAAGCAUGUUGUGCUCCCGAUGCACCAUUUUCUCGGGUCAAUUCCACCACCUCAUGCUCGUCUUAGCCCGCCUGAGGAGUAUCUGAGGGGCAUAGAGCGAGUUGAUAUCUGGCACACCGACAUCCACAAGGAGCAUUGGUUUCCUUGGGAAUCGACUUUGGGCCCGUACAACUGGCCAUUCAUCACGGGCAAGUUUGGUGACUGCAGACAGUUUCGCUUCAUCGAUGUCGCGCUAGCUGCUAUCGUUGAGGGAAUCCCGCGACUGAUAGACACUGAUAUUCGCGGGCGAUGGUCGUGUUGGGGAAUGGAGAUCUUGCAACAACACGAAGACAGUGGCCGAGGCCAGCCACGACGUCUUGCGUUAAAACUGGGAGACUUCCCGCUCAUCAACGAGUGGGGUAACACAUAUUUUGGGAAGCUGGAAACACAUGCGGUAGUGCGCGACCAAGAGGCCUGGAACAAACUCGGUCGGGUUCGCCGGGCCGAGAAGGAGGUUGACGGGCCGGGUCCGCUUCGGCGUGGAGGAACGGUACAACGAUUCAACUCGUUACCGCCGGUGCCUAAUGACCCGGAGGACACUAUUCCGGGGCCUUAUGAAUAUACUAGCGCUGAGAAGCUGGCGGAAAGGCUGAAGGAUGAGACAGAUGAUGAGGAUGAGGGCGAGUUGGUGGAGGAAUAUGUCGCUGAUUUGAAUGACGAGUUUUAUCAGAGAACUUAA